CCCACCCUCACUCAACAUCGAACAGUCAUUAUUUUCUAAUAAGUUGACCUUGUACGCAUAUAUUGAACAACGAAAGAAAAAAAAAACAACACAUAUAUAGCAGGCACCGUAGCAGACCCUUAAAAUAUAGGACCAUAUGUCUACGUAAUAUAUGAAUAAAUUUCAAAACUCCAUGUAAAUACACGAAAUUUUGAAAUUUGUUCAUAAAUUACGUAGACAUACGGUCCUAUAUUUUAAGGGUCUGCUACGAUGCCUGAUAUAUAGUCGUCCGCCAUGAAAGGCGUAUUGAUCAACUAUCUGUAUAUAUUUAUAUGUAUAUAUAUAAGUGUCUUUUUCAUUUGUCGUCUUCUUUCACGUCCUCAAUCGCUCUAUCGUUCUAUUUUUCUAACAUCAUUUAUAUGAGUCAAAAAGUUCCCACAGGAACAAAUUCACAUGUAAGUAAAUCUACUUUCCUUUACAGUUCCAAUUUAGACGGUUCAAUACAAAAAAAAACAAUACUAUGAAACAUAUUUUAUUUACUUCGCUUUAAUUUUUCCUUGUCUUAAAGUUCAAUCUUUUGCUCUCUAAGACUGAAAUUAGAGUAUAUAUUGAGUUCAUCGUUUAAAAUCAUUCAGUUAAUGGCUUGAGUGACCUAUCUCGCUCAAUAUAAUACGCAACGAUCUCAUACUCUCACAACACCCUAACAUAUAAAAAGCAUGCCCUAUGUAGAAGAAUUUUGCUGUAAAUGUAUCGUUGAUAGGACUCAAGUAUAUUAACAGAUGAACAUAUAAUAGAGUUUGUACAUACAUUAUGUCCUAAACGGUGAGGGUUACUGAGAAGUGACAAAUGAUUAUAGGGAUUUAGAGAUCUGCUGAUGUCAUCAGUGAAAAAGUUUUGAGAUUUUUAUGAACUAAGAGUAUAAAUAAAACUAUUGAGAAGUUUGCUAUCAGAGUAGCUUCAUCUUUAUUCAUAUGUUCAUAGCUUUUAAUUUUGUUAUACAUUACACAAGAUAACCAAACUAUACUUCGAGACACAGCCAUUGUAAACUAUCCAACAAUCAAACUCACGAGGGAACAUUCCCAAGUGUCACAUCGCUUUUGAGUGGAGAUUAUGAGCAUCAUAUAGGUCCUAAUUCAAGGGGGAAACAGCGGACUUUUGGACUUGAAGUUACUUCGAGCUACUUUAAGCUACUUCAAGUUACUUUCAGCUACUUGAAGUAGCUUACUUUGAAGUACUUUUUAACUUCAAAUUUACUUGAAGUUACUUUAAGCUACUUGUUCCUACUUUGAGCUACUUGAGUAGUACUUUAAACUACUUCAAGUAGCCUACUUUGCCGUACUUUAGCAUACUUUUCUACUUCAAGUACGCUGUUUCCCCCUUGUCCUAAUUAUCUAUGUAUAUCCUGAAAAAAGUUUGUUCUGCUGACUUAUUCGUGCCGAGAUAUAGCAUUUUAAAGAUAUUCUUAAAAAUGGAAGCCGUGGUGCCCCUCAGGAAUAUAAAAAAAACUAAUUUUCUAGUUUCGGUAUAAAACUUUCCAUAAAGAUAGAUCUCGAUCAGCAUAGUUUAUUGUGAAAAUUUCAAAUCAUUUGGUUUGCUUCUAUUCGGAAAUAUGAAUAUCGAAUGUGACAUGUAUAAGUGAUUGUAUGUUAUUUUUCGCCAAAUCAUAUCCAGAUUUUAAGAAAUCGAAUAAAUUAGAAAAAAGUACGUUCUGGUAGGUGCUGAUUUAAACAAGAUCAUGCAGAGUGAAAAAUGGAUGAGCGCUAGUGAAGUGACAGUAAAAGAACAGUGAUUUGACUGUUUUCGCAACAUCAUAUUCCAACAUUUGAGCCAUUUUAAUCACUCGUAUGACCAAAGGCGCUAAAAACUCAUUCUAGAGACAUACAAGCGUUGGGAGUCAUGAAACUAUGACAUGUAAUGACAUGGGUAACGGAACAACUUUCAAAGAUCUAACAAGAUGCAUUGAUCUAAAAUGUGAACAGCUCCAUAUUGGAUUGAUUCUCUUAUAUCAUUCUUGUUUUCUAUAGAGCGGUGAUGAACAUGAUGUUCGUAAACAUGAUAUUCGUAAACAUGAUGUUCGUAAACAUGAUAUUCGUAAACAUGAUGUUCGUAAACAUGCAGACGUACGUCCAGAACAAAGAUGUUAUCAUCGCUCAAAAGAACAUUCACCAUCUAAUGAAGCACAAGUGCCAAACAGUCAGUGUUGUGAUAAUGCCAGCUUGGUUGCACUUAGUCGCGUUAUUCGGUGCGUUGCUAUUGGGUUUUUUUUGGGAAAAUUUGGUUAA